UGCUAGGAGCGUUAGCUUGCUAACGCCACUAGCUUAGCUGAGCCAGAGCCAUUAAGAUAGCGCUAAUGAUAACUACCGUUAAGGAGCAGCGAAACCACCUAGUGGAGCGUAUAAUCAAAACACGUCUCCACAGCGGCGAUAAUAGCAGCAAUAAGACACAACUAAACAGUUCGCUUGAAGAUGGUUCAAGAUGGAGCUCCGAUUCGGCGCCAGGGUGCCCAUGACUUUGUGGCAUACUAUGAUUUUGCCUGUGCCAGGCAGGAGUUGGUUCCUCUUCCUGCUGUCAAGAUGAACCUUGACAAAGGGAUGCUGGACUUUAAUGGAGACAGAGUUAAAUUGACAGACUGGCCACCCAUCCUCAACUCUAUUUCCAUCAACAAACACCUGCAUCACAUUGCAAUAAGUAGUACAUAUCGGGCUAGUCUGGGUUCUGGAGAUGCAGAUAGAAGGUACUAUAAAUCGAGCUUCAGGAAGAAGAUCCCUGCCAUUCGCUCUAGGGACAUGACAUUUAAGUUGUGCAAGGCCCUGAGAGAGUGUCUGACUGUCUCUCCAAACCUGAAGACUCUGCAUCUUAGUGGACUUCCACUGAGAGAAAGGGACCUCAUCGCUUUGACAAAGGGUUUGGCAAAAAGUGUUUCCUUGGAAAACCUAUCUCUGGCUAACUGUCCAAUCACUGAUGAGGGCUUAGAGGUCAUUUGCCAGAGUGUGAAGUAUUCUUCAAGCAUCAGGACAGUGGAUUUCAGUGGGUGCAGUCUCACCUGGAGGGGGGCAGAGCAUAUGGCCAACAUCAUAAAGCAUCAGGGAAUGCAGAGGCAUGGUACUGCAUGGGCAGAGUCCCUGAGGUAUCGACAGCCACAGUUUGAGGGAAUGAGAGGCCUCCGCCGUGUCACGCUUAACUCUAACAUUUUGAUUGGAGACCGAGGUGCUGCUGCUCUUGCACAUGAACUCACUGAGGACCUUUGGGUUAAAGCUGUGGAUCUGCAGAGAUGCGGGCUAUCCAAUGAAGGAGCUCGUCGUUUGCUGGAAGCUUUGAAAACAAAUUCCACUCUUUGUGUAGUGGAUAUUCGGAGUAACCCUUUAGUUGACAAGGACCUAAUUAAAACUAUAAUAGAGAAGGUAUUGAUGAAUGCUGAUGGACAGUCACCAGAGUAUUGCUGGAUCAAGCCUGCAGCCACAGAGACACAGAAGGCUCCUCCAAAGAGGCUAUCACUGCCAAGUUCAUUCAGAGGAAAACCUACAUUUAAGAUAGCCCCUCAUAAACGAGCAUCUCCUGGAGGGCGGAAUUCAGGUGCUGCUCAGGCACAAAAGCCCUAUUCCCGCUCCUGUUGUGUCCCUUGGCGUGCUGCUGCUCGAGCUGGGCGUCAGAGAGGUCUGCCUCCUGGAGUUAGUGCCAUUGAGCAAAGCUUUCAGGGUGCAGCUACAGUGAAGCUUAACAUGGAAUCACAUUCAGAGGGAGAGGAGGAUGAGGAAGAGGAAGAAGAAGUGGUGGUGGUGGAAGUGGAGCAGAGACCAUCUUCUCGCAGUCUUCAGAACAGGAUCACUGGAAGGCAGUUUGAACUUAUGCAGAUGGAGCUAAAAGAGUGUCGUUUGAGGCUCGCAGAGGAGCGCAGAGCCAGAUUGAAAGCUGAGUCAAGGCUCAUGGAGUAUGAAUUAGAGAAUGCCCGUCUUCGUGAUGCCAACCACUCCCUAUCAGUGGCACUUGCAGCCACUGGCUCUGCAUCAGCACCAGCUGCUUUCAGUGCUCUUGAAGACGAGGCUGUCCUUCAAAGCAUUGAGAACUCAUUUACCAAGUUUCAUGCUUUCCUGGAUCUCCUCGAGGAUGCUGGCUUAGGUCAGCUGGCUUCAGUGGCUGGAAUUGGAAAGUCAGAUUUUCAACCUCUGGAAAGACCUCAGCUCUCCUCUACAAUAAGACCACCUUUGGAUGGUUUAGCAUCAUUAACUACAGGCGAGUUUGGGAAUGUUCGAGCAAAGACCUCCCCUCCAUCUUUGGUAGGCACCGUCUUGCCUGCUCUUCCUGGUGGUCUGGCUGGCAUCACAACUCCCAGACCUCUAUCCUCUGUCAAGCAAUAUUUAUCUGAAGACAGGCCACUAGAUAUGACCUUUAAUCAGGCUGUUGGAUCUGCAGGAGACCCUGGUGUAGUUGGAGAAGAGGAACUAGAUCAUUAUUCCAAGCCUGACACUCGGCAUGACUCAGGCUCCGAGCGCACUUUCCAUAGCCAAAAAUCCUUGGAUAAUGUUUCCUUCGGUAAAACUUUUCACACUGAACCAAGAAACCACAACAACAGCAACUCUCACCAGAGCAAUUCUCAUCAUAGCAAAAGUUCCCAUGGAUACGGUUUCAACAACAGCCAUGCUCACAGUCAUGCUUCCAAAAGCAAUGGGUCUCAUGGGACAAGAUCAAGUGUUAGUGACAUAAGUGACAAAGCAGAGUCGGUGGAAUCAGUAUGGUCAAGGGACAGAGGACAGGGAAGGCUAGUGACAGUAGGUCAGUCAGGGUCAGAGGGGAAAGCAUAUCCUGGGAGGGAGACUCUGGAGCAGAUCAGGUCUCUGGGCAGUCUGGAAGGACGGUCAGAUAAUGAGUCCUUCUGACCAGCUGACCACAGAACAAUGAAAAAUUCUGCACCAGUGCCUUAACCUUGCAGUUCUGUUACUACUUAAGAUUGUUCUUUGGAAGACAAAAUUCUUCCAUCUUCAAUCUCAUUAUUUUAUUUUAGGAAGAGAGCACAAGAAAUCACUUUAAAAAACUUGUUGCUUGUUGCUCAGAGGAAAAUCGCAAUGUAAAAGCCAUUUCAUACAGCACGGUGGCACAGCAGUUAGCGCUGUUGCCUCUCAGCAAGAAGGCUCUGGGUUCGAGCCCCAGGGCGUAUAACUGAUAGAGGAUAAGAGAAAAUAAAAUGGGAUAUGGCUAUCAGAAUUGUACGCCAGUGUAUAGAGGUGAGUCUUCAUCACCUUGCAGUGUUUUGACACUGCACUGUUCCUCUUUUAUGGAAGCAUUAAUCUUCUGAUAGGCAGCAUCCCGGUCACUAAACUGACUAGCCAAAUAUCAGAAUUUAUCAUCAGAUUAGGAUAAAAGUUUUCUGGAUAAGCAUCCAUUAUAAUCAUUGCCUCUUAUAAAACAGGUGCCUCUCUGGGGCGUUUAAGGCCGUCAUUAUUACAUAACACAGUCUGUGCUGUAGGCCAUCACAUGAUUGAACUGGUUCAGAGAAAAUCUGAGGGUAUUUACUUAGUGAAAUCACCUCCCCAGUGUGCUGUCAGCAAAGGCAAAUAAUGAAGAAAUGUGUUCAGUAUACAGUAUAUUUGCUGUUUCAUGAAACUGUACCUUUGUGUCGUAAGUGAAAGAGCAGUGAACUCCGGGGUGGUGCAGGAUUUUGGACAAUUCAUUUACAAUUUAUUUUGGACAAGUAGUGUUGUCUAAUUAAACUGAACUGAUCAAUUUCCUGGUUCCUUUUCUAACAUACAGUAUACAAACAGCAAGACAACACACAAUUGGUGAUACAGUGGCCACUAUACAAUGUACAAAAUGUAAUAUAAAGGAACAGUUUAAUGUGCAUUUUACCUCAUGCAUUGUUGCCUGCUGUCUUAUGUGGUCAGUUUUGCUUGAUAUGUGCAACUGAGACAGGACAAGGUGAAGUGUCAGUGCUUACACUCACUGUAGCCAUAACCACUGUGUGUCAGUUGUAGAGGGAAAAAUAAACUUUGCACAUAGAUUCUUCUUUGUCUGUUGAUGCAAUCUUAUCUUUCAAG